AGGGGAGACAAGUUUUCUGUGAAAUGGGGAAAACGUGCGAGAGAGAGAGAGAGAGCAACCAUUCAUCGCCUGUGGUGGACUAAUCUCGCGUGGGACGUAACAGUGGACCUAACAGUGUGGAUAUAGAUCUCAUAGGAUUGUUACCUGGACUUAUCCAGUCUUCUAAUUGAAAAAGGUAGAAUCUGUGUGUGUGUGUGUGUGUGUGUUUGUUUACCUGAAGGCUUUAACACAAACAUCGUACCAAUAACCAGCUAGACAGAACAGAAACUAAGCUCGGCCAGAUCGGAAGUAGAUCUAAGUGACCUUAAACUGUGAGAGUUUGAAGCUGCAUGGGAUAUAUAUUCUUGUUUUGAAACAGUACAUGGACUAAAGGAACAAAUAAUUAAAGCGACUGUGCCCCAAGCUUCCAGCUUUAAGAAAAAAAAAAAACCAGCUUGUUGAUGUGAAGUAUGUUUUCCCAGCACCACGAACUGUCAGAGCAUUAUCUUUAGGAUUGGAUCCUUGUGGCGUAUCAAGGGUCUCUUCUACGUCUGGGAUUCUAGACAGCGGAUGUCAUAAUCACCUUCAUUAGAGCAGCAUUUAGGGAGAAUAGACUUGCCAGUAUGGCAGCGGGAGUAUCAGUUGGUCACGUGAGUGGCUGCCAACUCUACAUCCUUGCUGUGUGCCUCACACUAGGGUUACAGCUUGCUGACUCACUGGAGUUGUUGCAGAAUGUUCCAACGACCACUUAUGAACCUUUCAACUGUCCGCUAGAAUGCAACUGUCCCAGGAGCAACAGUACAUUGAGCUCACUGCCUCAGUAUUACACGAUCUGCACAGUAUCGCUGGUGUCCCCCAACAACGCAGCGGUCAGGUCAAUACUUCAGAGCAUCUCAACACCCAAGACUGCUGUCCUGUACAUGACCUGUAGUUACAGUCAAAUUAAUCUGUAUGAAGAGCCUCCAGUGUCGGAACUGUGGGAUGGAGCCUUUGAAGCUAUGACAAGCCUCAGACAAUUGACUUUUACCAAAUGUGCAUUUCAAAAGUUGACCAGGGGUGCGUUUGAAGGUUUGACCUAUUUGAAGAAGCUGUCUGUACAAUAUGCUAAUAUCAGAGAACUCGACGCCAAUCUUCUGUCAAACAUGCAACUUUUGGAAACUCUGGAGAUCUCUCACAGUUCAUUAAGAAAUUUGUUCUCACUCUGUUCCUACACGUCUUUAAAGAAUCUGAACUUGUCCUUCAACCAUUUGGCCAAUCUUGAAGAUCUCGGCAUCAACUGUGGAGGGAAAUCUUUACACAAUCUUGAGAGUCUUGACAUGCGCAAUAACCUCCUGACAGAGAUUCCAAAUUGGUUGUCUGAGAAUUUGCUGAACCUUCACUAUUUGUAUUUAUCUGGAAAUCUCAUUGAAAACUAUGACCACCUCCCGUUGAAGAACUUUUCGAGUUUAUACUUGAUGGAUCUUUCCAACAAUUCUCUGACUGAGAUAAAGAAAGAUUUUUUGUUAGGGUGUGACAAUCUGCAAUACUUAUACAUGUCCAGAAAUCCAAUUAUCUACAUCCAAAGACAAUUUCUGAAAGCAGUUUCAAAUUUGGUCGAACUGGAAAUGGUGGAGUCGAGACUGACCGAUAGUAUUUGGCUAGAGAUAUCGGAUAUUUCUAAACGACUUCGAAUUUUAAAUUUGUCUAGAAACAGACUUACUAAAAUCAAUGAGAACACAAUGUCAGACCUGCGAUUAGAAGUCUUGAAUGUCAGCUAUAAUAGAAUAGUUGGUCUCAAUAGCAAUGCCUUUGGGUCUCAGACAAAUCUCAUCACAUUGGACUUAUCUUAUAACUUAAUUACAGACGUGCCUGUCAGAUUUUCUCAAAAUAUGACCAAUUUGGUUCAUCUUCUAUUAAAUAACAACAACAUCAAAGUUGUCCAAAGCGAAGCAUUCAUGGGUUUGGGAAAAUUGGAGAGCUUGGAUCUUAGCUUCAACAGUUUACAAGAAUUGAUGCCGCAAGUAGUUGGGACCUUGGAGCACAUUGUCAAUAUGAAUCUAAGCUAUAACCAUCUCAGAGUAUUGAACAGCGAUCUUUUCUUCAAGUUCAAACAGAUGAAGCACCUCAAUGUAUCUCACAAUGCUCUUCAAGAGUUGCCUUUUCUUUACGGUAAUGUGGCUCUCCAGGAUCUUGAUGCUAGCUUUAAUAACAUCACUAAAGUCAUUGCUCAGACAUUCCAAGAUCUUAAAGAACUGCAAACCAUUUCGCUGAGCCAUAAUUUGCUGAGUUCUCUCCCUUUCAGGAUGUUUAAAGGGUGUGACAAUGUGAAAACUAUUUACUUGUCCUUCAAUUUGCUGAGCCAUUUAGAUGACGAUUUUUUUACGAGUUCUCCACGACUGACGUUCAUAGAUCUGUCCCACAAUAAGAUCACUGCCAUGAACAAUAUAUUCAGAUAUUUAAACCAUUUAAAAUUCCUUCAAUUAAGUUACAACAAAAUUACCACCCUGCUUAGAAACCAGCUGCCGAGAUCUCUUGAGACAUUGGAUAUAAGCAAUAACAAUAUCCACCAAAUAUCUUCGCAUACCUUUAAGACUUUGUCUAACCUGAGAUACGUGGACCUGAGCGUUAACAAUUUGACCACACUGUCUCAGGAUGAGGUUGAGAUAGCUUACAACCUGUUGUCUAAACCCACCUUCAAUCUUGUGUACAAUCCCCUGGUCUGUGAUUGUAAACUGGAAUGGCUGAAAGACUGGUAUGACAGGAAAUUCAAAGACACGGGAACUCUGCCCACUUUUCAGACCACUUUAACUUACGGAUGCAUUAGCCCAUUGUAUUCUACCAAAAUGCCCAUCACCUCUCUGAGGAGUGACGAGUUUCUUUGCCACUACGAGAAACACUGCGACAAAACGUGCGUGUGCUGUGACUACGACGUGUGCCAUUGCAAGUACACCUGCCCUUCCUCCUGCCAGUGCUACAUCGGCGACAAGUUCCUCAACAUUCACCAGGUUCACUGCUUCAACGCCAACCUCACUGACGUGCCCGGAAAAAUACCAGAAGGUGCUACUCUACUCCGCCUUGAUGGCAACAACCUCCCUAGCCUCCGUGAACAUUCCUUUCUUGGGCUGACCCACGUCGUGGAUCUUUAUCUAAACAACAGCCACAUCCACACUGUGGAAAACAAUACUUUUAAAGGAAUGAAGUCUGUCAGGUCGUUGUUCUUAAACAAUAAUCUGUUGACGAUCAUAUCUCCCGGUGUCUUUAGCGGGUUGGAGAAUCUGGAGAGAAUUUUUCUUCAGAACAACUUUAUAAGUUUGAUAGACCCUCAAGCUCUGUUGUUACCACCUUAUCUUUACCUAAUUAACCUUAGGGAAAAUGAUCUCAACACGCUCCCUAUAGAUGGUCUUUGGGGAUUUGUCAAUCGUUCUAGGGAAAGUGGUUUGAAAGUUCGAUUUUCUCUGAGUCAAAAUCCUUAUAGCUGUCAGCUUGACUUUGUUUGUAAGUUUGUUCUGUUUAUCAGAGACAGCGCGGACUGCAUUGAAGACAUCUCAGACAUUAAGUGUAGUUCUAAUAGCCUCGGUCAGCAAAGUUACUAUCAAGAUGGAUUUACUUUGCUGGACUUUCAGAUUGAACUCUGUAGCGAGAACCAAUCGUUUCCCACUAACAUGUCCAGAAACAGCGUGCACUCUUCUUCAGCCAAGGGAGAAACCUACGCCCUGAUCGCCGCAUGUGUAGUCAUAGCUUUCGGUCUGGCCCUGCUGAUUGUGGCCUACAUGAACAGAGACUUCCUGCAGGUUCUCUGUUUCACGCGUUUCGGUCUUCGUGUUUUCAAAAUGGCAAAGGCUACUGACGACAAUGACAGGCCUUAUGAUGCCUUCAUCUCCUACAGCAGCAAGGACGAGGACUUUGUGAUCCACCAGCUGGCGCCCAGGCUGGAGAACGGCGACAAGAAGUUUCAACUGUGUGUCCACUACAGGGACUUCCCUGUCGGUGCCUGCAUAGCUGAAACCAUCGUUCGAAGUGUGGAGGCCAGUAAGCGGACUAUACUGGUUGUAUCUGAUAACUUUCUAGACUCUGAGUGGUGUCGCUUUGAGUUUCAGACUGCUCACCAACAGGUUUUGAAUGAGAGGAGAAAUCGGGUCAUAUUGAUCCUCAUGCACGACCUUGACACCGAGAAACUGGACAGUACCUUGAAGGUGUACAUGAGGACUAGAACUUACUUAAAGUAUGAUGACCCCUGGUUCUGGGAGAAGCUCAUGUUCGCCAUGCCUGACGUCCAGCAUAGGAAACCUCCAGAGAACAUUCCGUGCCAUAUGAAUGGGAACAUGCAGUACAUGCCGCAAAACGUGACGCUCCAGCACCCGCACAGGCGAGUUCCAACCUCCUGCAACGGGGUCAGGUGCGAGACCAUCCACAAUGACAUGUACGAGAUACCCAUCCUGGACUCGGGCAGCGUUCACUACCAGCUAGCCAAUGGCAGGUGCUGCUGUACCCAUACCAACUCGGCCUAUCACAACUCAGACCUUAGUGACAGCACGUCAGGCUUCCACAAUGGCUCCGUCUCCAGCUACGGUCACUACGAGGAGGUGGGUCCCAGUUCGAGCUCCAUGCAGAGCACGCCUCACAAGUUUGUGGGAACACCUCCACCAGUGCCGUCUAUCCCCAAGGAAGGAUUUCUUCCGAUUGGUCGUGUUAAAACAGCCUAUGUCUGACCGGAAGUUUCGCGAAUUUCGUAUAAACUAUGGCGUUUAACAGUAUUGGGACUUUAUCGUACUUAUAAAAUCUUAUGAUGUACUUUGUAUCAAUGUAUAAUUAUACAUAGCAUUCACAGAUUAUAUUAUAUAUGGAAAAGGUUUUAUGUAUGUACAUUUUUUUAAAUCUCAUUUGUACAGAACUUUUAUCUUUUACUUAUUUACAAUCAAUAUAUGAUUUUUUAAUUUCGUUUUUUUUUUUUUUUUUUUGUUGCUUUUUUUUUUGUCCGCCUGUCUGUCUGUCAUGUUUUUGAAGGAAAUAAUUAAGAAUGCUGAUGAUAUAAGAGAAGCAUAAAAAUGUUAUCAUUCGCACUAAAUACUUUUGUUCCAUUUGUGACUUGAAUAGAAUAUUGGGGAAGUAGUGCAGUGACGUGACUUGGGUGGGAGGAGAAUUCGAAAAUCCCCCCAGGCCCCCACUUAAGGACAUUUUCUCAUUUUAUCCUUCAUGUUUUAAUUCAUGGGAAAACUAAACCAAAAGAAAAAGAAAAAAUUGAUUUGAAAGUUACAAAAAAGUGUACACAAUGUGGACACCUGUUUCUCUUUCAGCCUCUAAUUCUCUUCUUUUUUUUUUUUUGAAGCUAUCGGAUUAAAGCACCGUUACAACAAGUUUAGUUCCACUACUUAGUAUUCAAUCCUUCUAUCAUGACGUAGUAUUCAAUCUUUAUAUCAUGAUGUAGUAUUUAAUCCUACUAUCAUGACGUAGUAUUAUUUCCUUCUAUCAUGACGUAGUAUUCAAUCCUUCUAUCAUGACGUAGUAUUCAAUCCUACUAUCAUGACGUAGUAUUAUUUCCUUCUAUCAUGACGUAGUAUUCAAUCCUACUAUCAUGACGUAGUAUUAUUUCCUUCUAUCAUGACGUAGUAUUCAAUCCUUCUAUCAUGACGUAGUAUUCAAUCCUUCUAUCAUGACGUAGUAUUCAGUCUUGCUAUCAUGACGUAGUAUUAUUUCCUUCUAUCAUGACGUAGUAUUCAAUCCUUCUAUCAUGACGUAGUAUUCAAUCCUACUAUCAUGACGUAGUAUUAUUUCCUUCUAUCAUGACGUAGUAUUCAAUCCUUCUAUCAUGACGUAGUAUUCAAUCCUACUAUCAUGACGUAGUAUUAUUUCCUUCUAUCAUGACGUAGUAUUCAAUCCUUCUAUCAUGACGUAGUAUUCAAUCCUUCUAUCAUGACGUAGUAUUCAGUCUUGCUAUCAUGACGUAGUAUUAUUUCCUUCUAUCAUGACGUAGUAUUCAGUCUUGCUGUUAAGACUUUUUCCACUUUAUCUUUCACGCAAGUAUCAGAAAAGUUAAAACUGGUCCUUGGGACAAUAUAAUUGUCUCACUGAUCUCUUUUCAACACAAGAACUAAAGUGAAAGUCUAAUUGUUCGUGUCCAAGUGAGUGAUGCAAUAAAGAAAAAAGAAGAAGAGAAUUAGCGUUAGUUUUAUUUUUUUUCAAUAACAUUUCAUUUACUGGUUUGUUUGGGUACAUAGAGUAUAACUGUUUGUUACUAUUCCUCUAUAAAACAUAGAAGUCAUUCGUGUGCAACUCAUGUCUUGUAUAGCCAAUAAAUGAUACUUUUGAAUAGUCAUUUGGUUAUUUGUUGAAAGUUUUGAUUGCACAGUGAGAAUUACAAACGCAAACAAAAGACCCGGGGACUAAAACACUGUGUAGACUUGAGUGUCAUCAGAACUCAAGACUCGUUCUUAUAUUUCUGUAUCAGUACAGAUGUAUCCAAAUAACACUACAAUCGGUCGUGUCCCUUUUUUUUAUAGAUAUUUUGUUGCGAUGAUUUUAGGUUCCAUCUGUUGAUACAUACUUUUAUAUGGACGUAGACGCGGUGGCUGAGUGGUUAAGCUCUUGGAUUCCGAACCUUAGGUCCUGGGUUCUAAUCUCGGUGAAGAAUUAGAAUUUUGAAUUUCGGGAUUUUUAGUACGCCCCUGGGUCCACUCAUGCUCUAAUGGGUAUCUGACUUUAGUUGGGGAAAGUAAAGGUGGUUGUUUGUUGUUCUGGCCACGUGACACCCUGCUUGUAAACCACCAGCCAAGGACACAGAUGACCUUCACAUGGUCUGCCCUAGAGAUUAUUGUGAGGUCUGAAAGGGAAAACAUAAUGAAUUGAUAAAUAAGUGAUAAAUUCUGUGCAGUGAAGGGGAGAGAUAUGUUUUUCAAACAAGAUCUGUGUUUUUUUUUAAGUUGUUUUUUUUUUUCAAGUAAACUAAGAUAUAACAACUAUUGUGUCCUAGUAUUAUACAUUUAAACAAUCUAGAGAUUGACGUUGAAUGAAUCAGAUGUAUCCAUGUCUAAUUCUUUUGAGAUUUAUUUUGACAGUCAACUUUGAAAUAUUUAAGACAGGAAUGUAAUGUUUUGAUCCUCGUAUGAUUUAGUUGCUAUGACAGUAUCCUUUGUGUCCCCCUUUAUAAUGUGUAUUUCUUGUUGUGGAUGGAGAUCUAGAUCUAAGCUUCUAUAUUCUGGUGGUUUAAGAAAUAAUGGUGUAUAUACUGUGGCGAUGAAGUUUCAUUAAUAAGAUUUUGAAUUAAAGUAAUAAAAUUGAAGGUGUUUAAUGAAUUAAAAAGACGUAGUACUGACCAUACAGUAUUCCCUGAAAUAUGACAUGUAUCCCAAUGUUGUUGUCCCAAUCCAGAACAAACUUGAAAGCCAAAGUCAAAACAGUUCAGUGGCCAGUUCUCUCCCCUUCCCCAAUGCUCUUAGCAACGCAUUGCACCCGCCGUGUGACUUUAGUGAUUCUUGGUCAAUUGGUCACUUGGUAGUGUUCUUCUGUUGAUAUAUUAUUGAUACUGUCAACAGUUUCAUGUGAGUGUGCGAUACUCUUUAAAUGUAUGUGUUUCGUGUUCCUGUUGUUGAUUCUGUUGGUCUGAAGUUUGAGGAAGUUUAUUGGCUUUUUUUGUUUCAAUUUUAAACUAAGGCUUGAUUGUAUAAACAGAAUCUGUAUUGAUUCUAUUCAUGUAUAUAUGUAAAUAUACAUCACUAUAUCACGUGCAAUAUAAGAAAGAAAGUAAAACUAUUGGGUUAAACAAAGACAGUGUUUCCAUUGUAUGGCGCAAGAUGUUAAACAUGAAUAAUAAACAAGUGACAUUUUA